CACGAAAGUCAUUGGCGCUCACAGAUUCGAUUUGUCUAUUAUCUUUAAAAACCCGUUUGAUUCACCUCACUCGCUCAUUCGCAUAAAAACAUAAAUAAUUAAUCACAAAAAUGGCGCUCCGAACCCUAGCAGCCAGUGGCAAAACCCUAAGUCGGUUUCAGCAACACAUCCGUGGCAUACAAACAUUCACACUUCCCGAUCUCGCUUACGAUUAUGGAGCACUUGAACCGGCUAUUAGCGGUGAGAUUAUGCAGAUACAUCAUCAGAAGCAUCACCAGGCUUACAUUACUAAUUACAACAAGGCACUUGAACAGCUUGAUGACGCAAUCGCGAAGGGUGAUGCUUCCACCGCUGUUAAAUUGCAGAGUGCUAUAAAGUUCAAUGGCGGAGGUCACGUGAAUCACUCAAUUUUCUGGAAGAAUCUUGCCCCUAUUCGAGAAGGAGGUGGUGAGCCACCACAUGGUUCUUUGGGUUGGGCUAUCGACCAACAUUUUGGUUCUAUGGAAAAGUUGAUUGCCAAGAUGAAUGCCGAAGGAGCUGCUGUGCAGGGUUCUGGAUGGGUGUGGCUUGCAGUAGACAAGGAGCUGAAAAGGCUUGUGGUUGAAACAACAGCAAACCAGGACCCACUGGUUACAAAAGGUGUAAGUUUGGUCCCUCUGCUUGGCAUAGAUGUUUGGGAGCAUGCAUACUACUUACAGUAUAAAAAUGUUAGACCCGAUUAUUUGAAGAACAUUUGGAAAGUCAUCAAUUGGAAGUAUGCAAAUGAGGUGUAUGAAAAAGAAUGCCCUUAAAAGGAAGAAUCUUGACACUAGCCUACAGGUGGGCUCUUGAAGAGUUUGGACAUGUAAUAAGCCAAUAAGGAAGUCGAAGUCCCAUUUUGCCCUGGUACUAAAUCUUUUUUGUAUGUGCAAAACUUGAAUAAACCAUGUCUUCUUGCUUCACGGCUUUUUGCUGCUUGUAAUCUUAACUUACGUUUUCUUUACCCAACUAUUAUUGUUAA